AUGACAGAUUUUUUUUGUCAUUGUGGUAACCUUGCGAUUGCUCAAUUCUCUCAUCAUAAUGCUGGCUAUUGGUUUGAUUCUAAUGGAACCAUUGCGAUCGAUCUUGCCAAAGACAAUCUCGAAAUGAUCAAAUUUCUUUUGGAUAACAGAACAGAAGGUUGUAGCAGCGUUGCAAUGGAUUUCGAUUCACAUUUCGAUAUCGAGACUGUUAACAGUAGUGAUGGUCGCACCACUACAGCCAUGGAGAAUUCUGCUGCAAUGGGAAAACUUGAUAUCAUCAAGCUCAUCAAUGCAUCAUGUGACUACGCGGCGGAAAGCGGUAACUUGGAACUCCUACAGUUUAUAAUGUUGAAAGGAUUCGAAGUUUCCAAAUAUGCAAUCGAUGCUGUUUCCGCCACUGGCGAUCUAGAGAUGCUACGUUUUCUCUGUAGAAACACAACUAGUGGAUGCACAAAGUAUGCUCUUGACAUGGCUAGUACCAAUGGCCAUUUCGAAACUGUGAAAUACCUCCAUACCUAUCGCACUGAGGGUUGUACUACUCACGCACUAAACAACGCGAUUAAGAAUCGUCAUAGCGAUAUCACCUUCUAUUUACACGCCAAUAGAAGUGAAGGAUGUACAAAGCUGGCGUUAGAUACAGUGGCAGCACGUGGUGAUAUAGAUAUGGUGAUUUUUCUUAGUUUAAAUCGUAAUGAAGGAUGCACAAUUCAAGCGAUUAACAAAGCCGCCACCAAUGGCCAUCUGGGGGUCGUCAAGUAUCUCCAUACAUAUCGCGCAGAGGGUUGUGAUCAUCAAGCGUUAGCGGGUGCAGCGUUAAACGGCCACCUCAAUAUAGUGAAAUACCUCCAUGAAAAUCGAACCGAAGGCCAUUCGCAGAUUGCACUGGAUAAUGCAAUCAUUGGUAAACAUCAAGAUAUUAUAGAUUUUCUCAUUGCCAACCGAACAGAUCUUAUUGAACCCACCAAUCCUUUUAAUACAACAAUACACAACCAUUUAGAUUAUAAUGAAAGUGAAGUUUUCAACAACAUUGAAACCAAUGAUAAUGAUAAUAACAAUAAUAAUAACAAUAACAAUAAUACUAAUAUUUUAACAGCUAAACAUUUAAAUUCAUCAAAAAGAUAA